AUGGCCGGGUACAAGGGCACGGUGGCGAUCGCACCGCCGACGCCCCAGUAUCAACUGCUGGAAGAAAACCUGGCAGACCCCGUGAACGCGGAGGCGUCAUUCAUCGCGGCGCAGCAGCACUCGCGCAUCGCCGCCGUCGCCGCCGGGUUUCCUUCCUUCAACUACUCGGGCAUGACGCCCCUGGCGUACGAUCGGUGGAUGAAUGUGCUGGUGCCGUUCUCGGGCUGCAACCCGACGGCGAGCCAGGUGUUUGCGGACGUGUCUCCGGACCAACUGGUGCAACCGGGUUGGAACACGCACCCCGCCGUCCAACGAUACGCGAACAUGUCCCAAAAUGGCCGCCGGCUGUUUGAGGGUCCGCUGCUUGUGCUUGGCGGUGAUGCCGAUCAGAUCGUAUUCGUCAGCCAGCUGUCAUCUGCGGUCAACGACACCUGCAACAUGCUCGAGCAAGGCGGCUGGGAAGAGUCGCUCGAGUCUGUCACUUACCAGGAUAUGGACCAUUUCCCUGUCGUGCAAGCGAGCUCGGCCAAGUGGCUCCCCUGGGUGAAGGACAGGCUGUCUGACAACGUCGUUCUGGGUCCGGGUUGCGUACAGAGCGUUGUCAAAGGUACCCGGACCGACGUUACCUGGAGACGGCGACCGCGAACUUCCUGGUGGAAUGGGCGAGCCCACAGGACUGGUGGCAGUUGUCACUCUAAGGAGUCGAGGGUAUUAUAUGUUCAUGGGGAAGAUCCGGGUGGUACGACAGUCUUGGCUUUCCUAGGCAAUGCAUAA